UGAUCGUGUGCGGUCACAGUCAGAAAAGCUCUCCAAGUGAUAUCCUUAUCGUUGCUCAGUUCAAAAAAUCGGAUAUUGAUAUGCAGCUCGUUAUUUUUUUCUGUCAGAAUUGACGUAUCAGUAUGACAAUGGCCACUAUUCUGAUGAGCCGAGUGUCCAUCGUUUUUUUGCUCUGCAUUUCUGUCCUGGUUUCCGAACAACUUCGCUACUCGAUUCCCGAAGAAGUGGAACGUGGAACAUAUGUUGGCAACGUCGCUGACGAUCUAGGAUUAAAGGUUUGGGAGUUACCGACUCGCAAAUUUCUUCUGAUUUCUGAUUACUCGAAACAAUACAUGGAGAUAAAUGUAGAAAAUGGUUUCUUAUUUGUUAAUGAAAGAAUCGACAGAGAGCAGCUUUGUAGCAAAACCGCUGCAUGUUAUCUCUCGUUCCAAAUCACGCUCGAUAAUCCUUUGGAAAUGUUUCCCGUUGAAGUGGAGAUACUAGACGUAAAUGAUAAUUCACCCGUCUUUUCGAGGAAGGAAUUCUAUUUGCAAAUCAAUGAGUUAAAUGCGCCGGGCGCUCGCUUCCCUCUCGAGAGCGCGCGUGAUCUGGACGUGGGUACAAACACAAUCAACACAUACCAGAUCAAUCCGAACGAGCACUUCAUUAUUAAAGUGCAGACAAGAAGAGGGGGAAAUAAAAAUGUCGAGCUGGUAUUAAAGAGGUCUUUGGACCGUGAAAAACAGUCAACGUUUACUCUAGUGUUGACAGCCAUUGACGGUGGGAUUCCACAGAGAUCAGGCACAGCGCGGAUCAUCAUUAACGUCAUUGACACAAAUGAUAACGCACCCGUCUUCGAUCAUGAAACUUACAGAGCGACGGUGAUGGAAAAUAUUGCGAAUGGCUCUUUGGUGCUAAGAGUUCAUGCUGCUGAUAUAGAUGAAGGUACAAACGCUGACGUGACUUAUUCUUUCACCAAUCAUGUUUCCCAAACUAUUCGUGAGUUGUUCAAAUUGGACCCUAUGACUGGAGAGAUCAGAGUUCGAGGAGUACUGGAUUUUGAAGAAGCCAAUGUUUAUGAAUUUGACGUCCAAGCAAUGAACUCUGCUCCGUCUGAAUUGUCAGGUCUUGCAAAUGUUGUCAUUGAUGUACUUGACACUAACGACAAUCGUCCUGUGUUGCAAGUUACGGUGGUGUCCAGUGCUGUGCGGGAAGAUGCUUCUUCAGGGGUUGGUAUUGCUCUGAUCAGCGUAACAGAUCGCGAUUCUGGCGAAUAUGGGACAGUUCAAUGUCAGAUCCCAGACAGCAUUCCGUUCAAGAUUGAAAGAUCUUUGAAGGGCAACUACAAGUUGAUUACCAAUGGCUUUCUGGAUCAUGAGAUUACCCCACUGUACAACAUCUCCAUUUCAGCCUGGGACGGUGGAUUUCCUCCUCUUUCAGCAAGUAAAUUCGUUGUGGUUUCAGUAAUUGAUGUCAAUGAUAAUUCACCAAGUUUUACACAAUCGUCAUAUAAAGCGUACCUGAUGGAGAAUAACGCACCCGGUACUUCUAUAUUUGCUGUUAGUGCAAAUGAUGCUGAUUUGAAUCAGAAUGCGGAAAUCUCUUAUUCCAUUGUCGACAAUCGACAGCAAGAAGAAAUACCCUCCUCUGCGUACUUUACGAUUAACUCCAAAAAUGGGAACAUUUACGCUCUGCGUUCCUUCGACUAUGAGCAACAGAAACAUUUCCAGGUGAAAGUUCAAGCUCAAGAUGCUGGGUCGCCUCCAUUGAGCAGCACUGCCUUUGUGAAUGUUAUUAUUUUGGAUCAAAAUGACAAUGCACCCAUUAUUGUUUCACCUCUAACAUGGAACAACUCAGCAACAGUGGAGGUUAUGCCACGUUCAACAUAUCCAGGAUAUCUGGUCACCAAAGUAAUUGCCACUGAUGAAGACUCUGGUCAGAAUGCAAGGCUUUCCUAUGAGUUUUUGGAAGCCACUGAUCCUAGUCUGUUUACUGAUGGACUUCUUUCUGGAGAAAUUAGAGCAACGCGAGCAUUUAGUGAUCAAGAUAUCUUUGCCGUGCGCGUAGUCCUCUGCGUGAAGGACAAUGGACAGCCGAGCCUUUCCAGCAGCGCCACAAUAUCCUUUCUCGUAAUGUCCAAUGUUACUGAGAAAUCAUUUGAACAACGUGAUGAACCCAGACACUCGAAAUUUUUUUCAGGUAUAAAUAGUUAUCUAAUCAUAAUUUUCGGAACCACUUCCUUUUUGUUUCUCAUAAUAAUAUUAUUUUUGCUCACCCUGAAGUGCAGACAAGAUAGAAAUACUGCUGAAGUAUAUAGCUCUGCAGUCUGUUGUUGUAAUGGGAGAAAUUCGACUGAUGGCUUUAAUCGGACACCAACCGGAAGGGAUCCUUUGAAUUAUAGCGGGGAAGUUCAGACCGGAAGUUAUCAUUACAGUGUGUGCUUGUCACCGGAAUCAUCGAAGAGUGACUUUCUGUUUUUAAAACCUUGUCAUCCUACGUUGCCUUUCAACGAUCGGAGUGUUCGUGACAGCAACGCAAUAAACUAACUACGACAACAAACUAUUCUCUCUGUGGCAGACUUCCAGAAGGAAUGGAUCAGAUUCAAUUGUUGCAGUCCUAUCACAUUCAGUCAUAAAUGGUGGAAGACAAUUGCGCAGUUCAGUGACGGAGGAGAAUCCACAAAUGUCAUCAAUUCUUGGAUAAAUUUAACCUGGCCUGUUACAGUCCCAUCAGUUUCCUUUCAAUCAUCAGUAAAGUGAUGGAAUAUGUCAUCAACAUUAUUCUAAAGCUGCAUCUGCUCAGCAAUAAACUGCUCUCUGCUGCCUGCUUUGGAUUCCACUCGGACCACUUCCUUACUUCAGUACAGCCUUAGUUCAAACAUACACAGAAGAGCUUAUUUCCAGAGGUGAGGUGACAGUGAUGGACCUUGACAUCAUGGCCACAUCUGAUCAAGCAUAACAUGAAGGAGCCCUAGCAAAACUGGAGUCAAUCAGAAUCAGAGAGCAAAACAAUCUGCUGGCUGUAACCAUACCUGUCACAAAAAAAGAUGGCUGUGGUUGUUGGAGGUCAAUCACCUCAGGAUUUAACCAUUUUCUGCUACUUCAUCAACAACUUUAAUUCCAUAAUAAGGUCAGAGGUGGGGGUAUUUUCCAUUGAUUGCACAAUGCUCAUCACCACAUGUGACUCAGAUACUGAAGCAGCCCAUGUCCAAAUGCAACAAGGUCUAGACAAUAUUCAGCCAUUGUCUGACCUGUGGCAAGUAACAAUCGUGCCACACAAUUACCAGGCCAAGAUGAUCUCCGAUAAAAUCCAAUCUAACCACUCCCCUUAAUAUUCAACAACAUUACCAUCACUGAAUUCCCAACCAUUAAUAUCCUGUGGUUACCAUUGAGGGGAAAUGGAUAUGAACGAGCAAUAUAAAUACAAUCGCUACAAGUGCAUAUCCAGGGCGAGGAAUUCUGCAGUGUGUAACUCACCUCCUAACUGACAAAACCUUAUCCACCAAAAACAAGGCACAAGUCAGGAGUGUGAUGAAACAUUCCCCAACUGUCUGGAUGAGUGCAACUUCAACACAUACAAUAGACUUGAUACCAUCGAAGAUUAAACAUCUCACUUGACUGGCAACACAUCCAUUCACAUUGACUCCCAACACAACCAAUUUUCAGUAGCAACAGUGUAAACCACGUGCAAAAUGCACUGCAGAAACUCACCAGAACUCCUAGACAGCACCUUCCACA